AUGAAACUCCAAUGUCAGUGAACCGAGCUUUUGGGUCAUCACCACCACAACACAAUUUUGAGGAAGGUUUCAACCCAGAACUCACAACUUUGGACCUCGAAUCUCUGCCAAAAGAUCAGCUGACGUAUGGAGAACAGGCAGAAAACGCCAUCGAGGAAGUGGAAUAUUUGCUGGCACAUUCCGGAUGGAAAUUGUCUCACAAUCGCGGCGGAGCAACGGUGAAAAGUCUC